UGUCUCUUCCCCACGUCGUCCUGAUUCGGGGCCAUCGCACGUCGCGAGCACACCUCCACAGGCUCCGCUCCACGGGCGCAUCCGCAGCCAGAGCGCUCGCACAAGCCGCGUCUAAUCUGCAGGUCAUCUGCCCGCCCGACCCCAUUCGUGCCCAGCACCGUCCCCAGCACCUUGCGCUAGCCAGCCCAGCUUAGCCGACUGCGACAGCCCGACCUGACCCCCGAAAGCACCACCGGCUGUCGGGUCCCGUGAUCGCCCAUCGCUGCCUCUGAUCGCCCACGCCACGGUGCUUUUGCUGAGCGCUCGUGCAACCGCAGCCUCAGUGUGUCGCACCCAGCCCCGGCCAUACCCAGCCGCCCACGCGAGCUCGAGGACCGCCGACGCGACACAGACGGUCUGGCACCACCACCCGACCGAGACGUGCAGCACCUCUCUCUGCCUCGGAAGCCACUCUGCUUGCCCUCGAUGACUGCGCAAAUCCUGCCCAUGCAUGCAGCCCAGGGCUCGGAUUUCGGCAAGCUGCAGACCUUCCCCCAGAAGAUGGACACCAGCAGCGGCGCCGUCGACAACCCCACCUCUUCCCCAGACCGUGACGAGGACCGAGGCCGCCGGCGUGACAGAGACGAGACGGAUGGCGACAUUGGCGACGGCAGCGAGGCUGCUGAAGGCACGGGCGGCUCGCGGAAAAGGCGACGGAGCAGGAAGGGCCUCGACAAGAAGUUCGAAUGCCCGCACUCGGGCUGCGGCAAGAGCUACUCGCGCGCCGAGCAUCUGUACCGGCAUCAGCUGAACCACAACCCCAAGCAGAUCUAUCACUGCGACUUCCCCGACUGCCACCGAUCCUUCGUCCGACAAGAUCUUUGCGCGCGGCACAAGGAGAGACACACAGCACGGGGCUCGCAAUUGCUACGCAAGGACACGUUCAUGCAGAACCUCAAUCCCAUAGUGACAGCAGCGAUGGCGAACAAGAGCGAAACGACCAAACUGGGGCCGAUGAAGAACUCUCCAACGGUGUCUUCGGGCGGGCAGGAAAGGUACGGGUUGCAGUCGCCUGGGUCUUCUGUAGCAGGACCGACGGCAGCAACGCAAAUGUCACCGCCCAGCUACCACUCGCCAGGCUCGAACGUGGGACGUCAAAACUCUCUGCAUCGCGCAGGGAGCGACGAAUCGUAUCGCAGCAGCUCUGAUGUCAAGCCUCAGCCUUAUGACUUGCAGAGCCGGGGUGCUGGGAGCUUUGCACCCCCACCGCGCCCCUCCCAGUUUGGAAACUUUGGAAGUGGGCAGACGUCGCACCACAAUUCUCCCCACAUGGGGAACGGGAACUACCAACGGCCCGAAUUACGCGCCCAGACAUCAAACCUGUCGUCGUACGGAUCGUCGUCGUCGCCUUACAACUCGGCUGCGACCCCCACGCAAUCGUACCCACCCUCGGCUGCAUCAAACUCUUACCCACCCAACUCUGCAGGCUAUCAGCAACAGCAAACCUUCCCGCCGUUCCAGACACUCCCCCCUCCCGAGUAUCCCCAGCAGUCGAGCAACACUCCUACUCCGAAGACAGAGGAAAAUCAGUUCUAUAAUGGCACCUCGGGGCAGACACCUAUGAAUGGUGUCGAGGCGACUGACAACCGGAUCAACGGUGUUUCGGAAGCUAUAAUGGAGCAAACGCCGUCGUACGCCAUACCGAUGUUCGGCGGCGAAGGCUACAGUCGAUCUCCCUUUGCCAUGGCAGAUGACUUCGCCGCUUGGCUGUUUAAUGACCAGCAAUUCGGUACUACCAACGCCUCACCGCUGCAUGGCCCCGGCGGUUCGAACCCAAGCGUCGGUUUGUCUUCUCAGAUCGGACUGCAGGCACCGUACUUCAACUAUGAUCCACUCGUGACCAAUACCUCCUUCCCCCAGCCGCCACCAGUUCACCCUAUGGCCGUCAACAGUAUCCUCGAUACCUCACUUCCGGAGACCGCUUUGUCAGAAGACAAACGUAAAGACCUCCUUGACCUAAUCAUAGGCCGUUUUAAUGAGACGGAUCAUGCACCGGUUAAGAAGCAGAAGGAAGACCUCCUCGAAGGUGACAAGGAGAGGAACGACCAUGUCCUAAGUCUCCACAUGAUGCAACAAUACAUCGGUGCUUACUGGCUACAUUUUCACCCGCAGCUCCCGAUCUUGCACAAGCCGACUUUCAACGCAUCAACGUGUCCGGAUCUCCUGCUGCUUUGUGUCAUGUGUCUAGGCGCCUCCUGCUUGGACAAGAGCCAAGUCAGCGAGGAAGCCACCCAAGCGUGCGCACAGUUGUCCAACUUCUUGGCCUGGCAUCUGCGCUGGGAGAUAUUCAUGGACGCCGACUUCCGGCCACCAGCCAAGCUUUGGGUCUUCCAGGCUCUGCUCCUCCUCGAAGUGUUUGAGAAGAUGUACUCAACGCGGCCCCUGCACGAGCGAGCGCACAUCCACCAUGCAACUACACUCACUUUAAUGAGGCGAGGUAGCUCGCUCAUUGGCCGAUCGGCAAUGGACUCCCCGCCAAGUCAGAGCGGCUCAAGCGGCAAAGGAAGCCACGUCAACACUCCUGACGAGUGGUGGAAUCACUGGAUCACCAAUGAAGCCACCAGGAGGGCCGCCUUUGCCGCUUUUGUCAUGGACAGCAUUCAUGCAACCAUGUUCGGCCAUAGCGCUGUUAUGGUGGCCCACGAGAUGCGCCUUCCUCUGCCUUGCAACGAAGCUCUAUGGUCAGCAACGAGCAGUGCGGAAGUCGGGCGAGUAGAGGCGAGCCUGCAUGCAGAAGGCAUCAAACACACCACAUUUCUGGACGGUUUGAAGAAGACGCUCAAUGGCCAAACCGUUCGGACCAACUCGUUUGGCAGGACAAUUCUCAUGGCAGGCCUGCUCAGUGUAUCGUGGCACAUGAACCAACGAGAUCUGCAAGUAAGCUCACUGGGCGUUUCGACGGUCCUCGGUGGGCGAGACAAGUGGCGAGGCUCACUGACACGCGCGUUCGACUUCUGGAAACAAGACUUCGACAAGUCUCUUGUAAAACCCAAUGAUUUUGCCGUACCCGGCGGACACUCUUAUUCCAACAGUUCGGCCGACGACAACAUCUUUGAGUCACGCACCGUACUGCAUCACCUUGCACACAUGGCGAUGCAUGUCGAUAUCGUGGACUGCCAGAUAUACGCCGGUGCGAACCGGUUGCUCGGACGUUCGAUCACGAACCUCGAUUCCAACGGCGCUAGGAAACGGAUGCAAGAGCAGUGGGCGCCCAGUGCUCGAGCACGAGACGCAACCUUCUACGCUCUCCGCUUCCUGUCAGCCGUCUUGGUCAGUGAGGAGCCUGGCGUAAACGGGCAACCACCCGUUGCACGGUUCAAUUACUCGGCUCGCAACGACUUCUUGCUCAACCGGCCUUGGGUCCUGUACUUCGCCACACUCAUCGUAUGGUCGUACGGCUAUGCGCUUGACGGGCCAGUGAAACAACCAUAUAUCUUGACCACCUACGAGGACAAGGAGACGGACAUGGUUCGCUUCCUGGAACGUGUGGGCGGUGUACGCGCUCCAGAUGAUCUUACCAAGAUGCCGGAUCGUAAUGCCUGUCUCGGACUGCUCCUCCUGAUGCGCGACAUGUUCAGGAAGACGAGGUGGGAGCUUUUGCACGAGGCGUGCAAUCUGCUGAGCAAGUGCAUCACGAUGCUGGUGCCGGGAUAUCAGGGCGACUGAGCUGUCAUAAACACCGCCUUUCCUGUUGGCCGGUACUUCCCUUGCGCUUCGGCGCCUUUCACCCUUUGCCUGAAUUUGAACAUGGCCACGGAGGAUUUACGAUGUGAUGUAAUUUCCUUUUAUACUAUGCUUUUCCUUGCCUGUUGUCUUUUUUGCAUCCAUUCCCUUCUCUCUGGGCUUUAGGGCAUCUUGUGCGAAUUUAGCGGGCGAGUCGGCUGCUUGAAUUCUCUCUUUGCUAUGAUAAUGUGUAUGUACAUAUAAGACGAGAUGGGCUCGGAGAUUCAAGGCUGAGAGAAUGGUAGUAGGAGAAAGGUCGUGUUAUAUACCCAGGGUGGUUCUGGCGUGCCUUUUCGAGAUGGAUAUGUGGAUGCGAGAUAUGGUAUCAUCUAGAUAUGAAGUGUUUGUGGUACACUACGUUGUCUGUUUCUGCAACAUCGAUGCGAUGGGUUUGGUCGCUUUCGGUAU